AUGGCAUCAUCAGACGUUGCUGUUGGUACCAAGUCCUGUAGUUGGCGCUUGCCGCAGACGAGGAGUCGGGCUUUAGUGUCACUGCCACGAAACCGGUUUUUAACAGCGUCCUAUGUGCCUGGCGGUGGGAACCAGAUUCAUACGCUGUCUUUUCAUUAAGGCUUUUGUUGAUGUUUUUGGACUUGGACGAGCAUUCAAUUAUGAUUAUUGUUAUUCAUUGUUGAUGAUGUUGUAAAAAUUGUAUCCAUGGCGGUCUCGUCAUUGCAAUGGCGGUCCUCUAAUUCCGAGAGGAGCAAAACGAACUGACUGUUGCUUCUUCUCUUGAUUUCGAGCAUGGACCCGUGUCUUGUCUCAGCUUCGGCGCGAAAUCAAAUGCAGCAUGUGCCGUGUCACGAGAUAGCUUUUUCGUGUGGAAAGUUGAGGAGGGAGAAGCAGGCCAACAAGCUGGUCCAACUAGUGCGACUUUUUUUCAAGGACUACAACAAAUAACGACCAGCACCCCUGCUAGUGCCUCUUCUUCUGGUGGUAAAAAGCAAGCUGCAACAUCUUCUUGGUACCCGAAAGUGCUGCAUCACUGUGAGUGGGACCCUUUCGAAAGCUCAAGAGUAGCGUUAACAGCACGUGACGGUGUCGAAGUGUGGGAUGUCGUGAAUGAAAAGGAGGUCGUAUUUUUGUACGAUUUCCCAAGCAGCUCUGGUGGUGGUUCAGGUGCUGACUGUACAGCAUCUCCUUCUGUGGUGCACGCAACUGCCUUCGAUACUCAUCAUAGCAGUACGUUGGCGCUAGGAGUGAAUGCAGAUUUGAUGCUGUGGGAUUUUCGGGAUGUAGGGAAACCGACAUCUUCUGCUUCAGGGAGUGGAGGUGUCCAGAAGCCGAAAGCUUCUCUCACCCGAAAAGAUGCGCACCUGUUUGGGUUGACAGCUUUGAGUUACAAUCCGAAUUUACCGGGACAGCUGCUUACAGCGGGCGAAGAUGGAUGCUGGAAACAAUGGGACUUGAGAAAGAUGCAGGCUGCUUGUGUAAGGACCUACUAAGACUAUCAUGUAGUGAUGAUUACUCGGAAUUUGCGAGUGCGUGAACAUUUUUAACAUGAGUACUCCUACUUGGUAUAAUCUUUUUCCAUUCCGCUAUCAGCAGGCGAUGAAAAUCAAUGCGUUUUUCCUUGUGCAUCCAUGAUCUCAUCAAUCUCUAUCAUUUUCAGGUGAUUCACACGCCCAGCGGGCACAGCCAUUGGGUAACCCGAAUAUCGCAUAAUUCCUACCACGAUCAACUCCUCCUCUCCGCUGGAUCGGACUCGCAGUUGCGACUCUGGCGCGUGUCGUCAAAGCCGGCGAAUAUAGUGAAGACACUGUCCACGUUCACGGCGGAAGAUGCGAUCUACAGCGCAGCCUGGUCACUGUCAGAUCCGUGGACAUUCGCUUGUUUGUCCUAUGACGGGGAAGUGUCUGUCCACCAGGUGCCGAUGGAAGAGAAAUAUAGGAUAUUGCUGUGAGUCGUGUGAGGCUGAUUUACGGAUAAAAGUAAUCUGUAAAUCCGGAAGUCGAUUUCCACUCAGUUUCAGAAUACGAAAACGAAUUUUGAAAAUUUAUCUCCUUCCAUGGCAACGACAUUUGAAGCAGUAGUCACGCAUUUACGCAUGUUGACCAUGAGCGAUGCGCGACC